AAACGUUAAUAAAUAAAUUCACAUUUGCAUUUUGGUUGUCGAGUUGUCGAAUGUGUUUGUGAUGGAGCUCUACAUGUGGAUUUAUUUUUCAAUUACCACUACCACUAUGGUGGUCGGUGCUCCCUCGGUUCUUCCCGACACAAAGGGGAGUUUGAGGAACGGGCAAGAUUACUUCCGUGACAAACGUUCGCAAUACGGGACUUAUUACACGUCACCAUGCGGCGGAGCGUCUUCUGCGCCAAUUCCUACCUACCCAUCGGCUGGAUACCACGGCCAGGCACCUGCCCAGGCGGGAUAUGGAACAAACUACGUCUACGGAGGACCUCACUAUCGACUAGCAGACCCGGCUGAGUUUGAUCCAGAAAUGCUUGGAUAUUCGGAUAUGGACCAAUACAUGCAACAUAUGCAGCAUAUGCAUCAAAUGCCGAUGGCAAGACAUGAGAAUUACGAAGCUCCUAUUAUACACAAUAGCAUGUCGGCUCCAACAGCAGCGAGUCCUGCGACAGCUUUCGGAGUUUUUCCAAAUGUCAACGUGGGGGGAUGUAGUGUGCCUCUGCUGUUUAGUUGCACUCCGUCCGUGGUCCAGGGAAAAAUUCUCAAUGCACAGCCUCAGCAUGAGAAUCAAGGGAAUUCCUACAGAAUAGUUGAACCUUCAAGUGAAGUUUCUGAAGACGAAAACGAAAAUGUUUCUGGACAAGCAGUACUGGCAACCAGUAAAGUGACCAAACCAAAUCCGAGUCAGGUUGGCGUCUGACAACGUUCUCCAGUAUUUUUUAUACUAUUCGAUGUAGCUUUAAAAAUGAUUGGAAUAAGUAUAUUUUAUUAAUAAACGUAAAUAUUUGAA